AUCUCAGGCUGUAAGUACUCGCUGUCACCGCUCUUACCAUUUACCGCCCAAUAUUCCGCAGACACGCAACUGGGACAACUUAGUUAGUUAAUAUUACCGGGGUUCAUACAAGCCGAAAUCAAUUGCCUCUCCCUUAUCCAGCCUGAUCAAUUCAUUAUCGGAGAAUACACCAUCACGUCACUUUCGCCUCCCGGACCCCAGUGUCGACGAUACAACCACUCAUCUGAUAGCCGCUCCAUACCGUGUCACAGAACUUAAGAAACAACUUAAGAAACAAUGGCAGACGAUCCGACAAAGAAACUCGCCUCCCCACCGUUGCCAAGCAAGCCUGCAAGUAGAACACCUUCCGAACCUCCUGCAUCAAGCCAGUCUCCCCCGGUUCGACCCCUUCAGCUCCUCUCCUCCAACACCUCGACCACCAUCCGCUCUCCACCUUCGCGCGACGUCUACCUACGCACUCCGUCCAGCCCGUCAAUGUCACAACACCCUUCCCCACAUAACUCGCACCGCACAGCGCUGGCGGAUAAUCUACGCGGCCCGAUAAGUCCUCGCCCGCACCGAACACCCAGUUUGACGCAGCAAGCACUGCAGGACCUACUGAACAACCCCCCUGUCGGAAGGGUACCGGGAGAUGACACGGGGCUGCAAAUGGGGCAGGGGAGGGAUUGGAAGACGGUGACGGUUGGGGAGGUCGUGGAUCAAGCGGAGGUCCGGUUUGUGGAUAUGGAUAUGACCGUGGAAGCAGCGACGGAGCUACUAAUCAAUUCCGGAGCCCCAAAUGUUGUCCUCCUGCGGGAGAAUCCGAACAGCAGAACUGCCGUGGGGACCUUCGACUACUCGGACCUGAACGCCUAUCUCCUCCUUGUCGUCGGAUUGGCAAAACCGGACGAGGCACACAUCUCCUCAUUCCGCGAACUUGCUCGACGCGGUCGCGAAGGCAAGCCUAUUCCUUUAAAGGAUGUCAAAGACCUUGGACGCGCCGACCCGCUGGUGACGCUAUCGGAGAGCGCUCCGCUCGCGAAUGCCGUUGAGCUGUUUGGGAGUGGGGUUCAUCGCAUCAUCGUGGUCAAAAAUGGAGAGCAGAACAAAGAGGUUGUAGGCAUUUUGACCCAGCUGCGACUGGUGAGGUUCUUUUGGGAGAAUGGAAAGCACUUCCCGAUGGUGGCGGGGUUAUAUUCCUUGACCUUGAGAGAACUGAAUGUGGGCAGCAAGGAGGUCGUUGCUAUCAACGGCGAUAAACCACUCACCGAUGCUCUGGAACUUAUGCACAAUGCUGGCAUCACUUCUCUCCCGGUCCUUGACGACCAGCAUAAUGUGAUUGGCAAUAUUUCACACGUCGAUGUUCGGCUCUUAACGAAGUCGACCUCCCUUCCGCUCCUGCGAUCCUCUUGUAUCCAUUUUAUCUCCGUCAUCCUCUCAGAGCGUGGGGUCAACGAUGGCAAAGACUCCUAUCCCGUCUUUCAUGUCAAUCCAUACUCAACCCUCGCACACUCCGUCGCAAAGCUGGUCGCAACACGUUCGCAUAGAAUGUGGGUUGUCGAUGCACCCUCUCCAGCUUCCUCUGGCCCUUCCACGCCGGCUCUAACUCCCUCCGUAUUGGCACCUCCUCCGAGCGGGCCGCCUGUUAUUCCACCACCACUCCAUGCCGGCUCUCCGCCGCCGAAUGCCCCACACUCGACCGCUUUCAGUUCGUCUGGCUCCCUUUCGCACACCGCUCCUAACCCACCCGUCACACCUGUCACCAACCAGACACCUUCCACGCUUACCUCAGCACAACUUUCGGCGCUUCCUGGAGCAACGUUGUCUGGCCAUCUAUGCGGCGUCAUCUCCCUUACCGAUAUCCUGAACCUCUUCGCACGAGCAUCUGGUCUGUCUCCCGCCGAUCCAAACGAGACGAGGAGGUGGAGAAGGAGAAGCUCAAGUGCAAGCCUCGUUGGGAGGAGGAGUGUGGACAGUAGUAGGAGUGAUAGCAUCGCAUCAUCAGUGGGCCACAUAGGGGAUCUAUCAAGGAGUGGAAGCGUCAGUGGGAGGAGGUGAACCUUUGCAAAGGACUCCGUAUUAAGUGGUUUGGCUGUGGAGUGAAUUGCGUCGAUGGGACUAGCGGAU